CACCAAGGUGGGGGCAGGGGUGCGAGAAAAGGGGCCCACGUGCGAGCUCUCGUGCUAUUCUCCACCCCCACCCAAGCAGCGACCACCUUCAAGAAGCAGCAUCCUCCAGGGUUCUACGGACUCUUUCUGUUCGGACGCCCCGCCCCUCCUCCCUCGAACUUCCGGCCGAGAGGCUCCUCCCUCCCCUCAGUGGGGGGCGGGGUCAGGAAAGAGAAGUUGCCAAUCCAAAUGCUAUUUCGGGAGAAGGGGUGGAGUCUGGGGGAUUCGAAAGGUACCUCGCGCCUUAGGGGUCAAUUCCCGCGACUGGACCGACAGAGAGGGUCUGCGGACUACAUCUGGCGGUGGUCCCGGGGAGCCAGGUUGACUCUGCCCUUGCUGGCUACAACAUGGAGAAUUUGGAGGAAGACAUAAAGUUUAUUGUGGAUGAGACAUUUGAUUUUAGUGUGCCAUCACCUUCUGACAGCCGGGAGGAGGAAGAGGCUGCCGACCCGGCGAUUCCUGAGCGGCCGCCCAGACGAGGCUUGGCCCACCGGAGUGACCUGAAUACGGUGGCUGAAGAACCCCGCGGGUUAAGGCUAAGCUUGGGCCCCCUCAGCCCGGAGAAGCUGGAGGAGAUUCUCGAUGAGGCCAACCGUCUGGCGGCUCGGCUGGAGCAGUGCGCCCUGCAGGAGAGGGAUGCCGCCGGCGAUGGCGCCGGGCGGAAGGUGAAGGCCAGUCCCAGAAGGGAGACUUUUGUGGUGAAGAACAGCCCCGUCCGGGCCCUGCUGCCCACUGUGAGUGCCUUGGCCCGGGGGGUCUCUUCUCCAGGAGGCCUGAGCCCCCGGCUCCGGGGCGGUGAGAAGAAGGGGUCAGUCCGGGCUGUGCGGACUGUGUCGGGGAAGAAGCCACCUAGCACCAAGAAGGAGGUGCCCACGGGCAGUGUGUCCCCCAGUACCAGAAGUCAGCCUUCGCCCCUCAGCAGAAUCACCCCUCCAGCACGGGGAAAAGUGGGCCCCCCCGGGAGACCACCCGCUGCCGGCUCAGCAUCUCUUACCCCACAACUUCCCCUGAGCACCCUUCAGCGCCCGUCCCGGACCCAGGGCCCGGCCGUCAGGCCCAGCAGGCUGCCCACACCUACGGCCACCCCCAGACCCGCAGGCCAGACGCUGCUCGCUGGCAGGAGCCCCCUGUCCGGGAAAGGCAGCCUGCCUCCGGAAUCUGCUCUACCUCGGAAAGGGCCAUCAAGGCCCAGUGCAGCUGGUCCCCGAGUUCCUGCUCCCCAGAAAUCAAAGCUUCCCAUGUCUGCUGCCUCCCGAAACCAUCUGCAGGCCCCCAGGAAGGUGGCAGUCCCUGGGCUCACUCGGUAACGUACAUUGAAGGUAUUGAGAUCAGCCUGUGAGGGCAAACCUUGGGACCAAGCCGGCUCCGGGAGCUCCUGGGCCCCGACCCUUCUCUCAAGCCACCUGUCUUUAUCCAGCUUUCAUCAUUAUCACCCAGGCAAAGAUCUGAGGAUCCCCCAGACCCUGAUGCCUUGGCCAGAGAGAGCCUCAACUUGAAUGAGGAGAAAAUAUUUCUUGGUUGAAAGGGUAGGAGACAUUUUUGUUUCCAGAAAUGAAACAUAACCUUUCCCCCCAAUAAAGAGUGGAGAAUGAAAGCAAGCCCUUCUCGCAUCCUAUCACCAGCCAGCCAGCCAGCCUGGGCAGCUGAUUCUGCGUGUUAUGCGGCUGGGCAAAACUUAGACAAAGUGACUAUUUCCAUGGUCUGCGCGGUGACCACUUAACUUCCCAGGCUGACAGACGUGCUGUCGUCAUCACCGAUGGAUUCCAUAUUGGUUUGGGGCCAGACUAGCCAGGUUCUAUCUUUUUGCAAAGUCUGUGUUCUGGGAACACUUGUACAAAGCUCCUAAAGGACCAGUUUUAGAAAUAAUUCUCAUACUGGUUUUUCUUUUUAAAAAAAUAUUUUUUUAAACAUUUGUGUCUCUUGUAAAAAUCGUUCUGUUCCAUCUUUAAUAAAUGUUUUACCAAUUUUUA